UUGUCCCCGGUGUGACUGGUAUAAGAGUAGACUUGUGGACAAGUCGUUAAUGUUUGUCACGGUGGGAGACGAUCCUACUAGACUUGGUUCCAAGUCCGUGAUAGGGGCUUUUAGUCUACCCAAUUAUCGCCCUCUUGAACUGUGGAUUAUCUUCCGUAUGGGCCUUUUAGGUAAGUUCUGAGUGGAUGAUGAUGAUGACAAUUCAACUGCGAUAUCAGACUUGAAAUCAAGUCUACGAUCCUACCAGCCUAUGUGACCCAGUCCCAGUUAUUUGGAUAUUAAUCGACUGGCACGUCAAAACCGCAGCAGAAGUGUCCAGCCACACCAAUAUUUGUGAAUUUACAGGCCUCCAUACCAGUUUGGUCCGGCAGACAACACCGCCACGUUCGGAAGGAGGAAUGCAACAGGGCCAGAGAGCCCAUAGCACACUACUACUAGGACGCACUGGAUUGUCCCACCAUUUUGAGUAGCUGUGUAAAUAGAUGUCAUUUUGCUGUGAUUUUUGAGCAAAGCAGUGUAAUCUCAUUCGUCGAGGAACCAUACCAGUACAUCAGCUGUACAGUGUAUUCCGGUUUGGUAUGGACAGAAAAACCAUUCACGCCCUUGCCAAAGGUUACAAUCUUAUUGGAAGCUGACCACGUACAGGAGGAGAUUUACAUCUCGAGAAGCGAGGCAGUAUAGCCACACCCUCUUUUAUCAAACCAAUAAUGGAUGCCAUUGUUUCACUGAGACGUCGUUUGUUUCGUAGGAACUUUCUCCUCAUGGGUCUUCUGUCACUUACGGUGCUGUUCUCAUUGGGGAUGUACGGUAAAAGUGAAUCCUUGCUCCGGGUUACCAACUGGCUGGGGCCUCGUACCGGGUACCAGUCAGAGGAGUCAGGCUACAACCUUGCUGGUCAGAGACACUUUCAAGCUUAUCCCAUGAAGUUGAUGAACGAUGACGUUUCAAACAACCUUAUCAAUGGGGGCGCUGCAAAUAAAGGUUCCAAACAGGGUAUCGUUGCACACAAAACUGACAAAGUUUUGUUUCACGCGGAUAAAAAGAAACCAAUCAAAAACAAACACAAAGCUGAGCGCAACGGGACCAAAAUUGUUCGCAAACUGAUGAAAAGGCCACCUAUGCCACUAGUAAAUGGCUCAUGCGAAAGAUGCUGCUACAGUUAUACAACAAUUGAAAGAGGAAUCGUUAAAAUGCAUCCAGCAUCAACACUUAUAGAAAAUGGCUGCCAACAACGCCUUCCCGACGCCAUGAUAUUUGGUGUUAAAAAGGGCGGGACAACCACCUUGCGAGAUUUCAUCAGCUACCAUCCAGAUAUCGCCUUCACCCAGAAAGAGUUGAAGUUCUUCACAUCCCGUACCGAGUACCAAAAAGGGUUGGAAUACUACAAGAGUCAAAUGAUCUACUCGACCACGAAGCAGAUAUCAAUGGAGAAGACACCGGAGUAUUGUCACUACCCGAAGGUACCUUCGAUGAUCAAUGAGACCUUACCCAACACCAAGCUCAUCAUGAUCAUGCGAGACCCUAUCGAGAGAGCAGUGUCAGACUUUGUCCAUAUAAAAGUCAUCAUCGCCAAGAACUGCCCCAACGUUACCACCAACUCAACCAUAUGCUAUACGAGCUCCGGGUACUUCAUUGAAGACACAUUCGAGAAGUCCGUGAUUGGUCCGGACGGGAAGGUGUUGGCGUCCAAUCAGCUCAUUUCAAAAGGAGUCUACGUGGAGGAUUUCAAACGGUACCUGAAGUAUUUUAAACGUGACAGGAUUCUACCACUGGACGGUAACCGGUUCGUCAGCGACCCUUACCCAACUGUCAAGGCAGUUGAGAAAUUCUUGAAUAUUAGGGAUCAUUUUAAAAGGGACCACUUUUACUUCGACAGGCUGAAGGGCUUCUUCUGUCUCAAUAAACCCAUAGCGAAUAAUUGCAUGAAACAUUCGAAAGGGCGCCUUCACCCUGAAAUAAAUGAGGAGACGCUUGCUAAACUUCGAGAGUACUAUAGGCCGUACAAUAAGGAGCUGAAUGAGCUAAUGGGUUUGGAUGUCCAUUGGUCAUCGUAAUGCUUAGAGAUUGGUUCGCCAUCUUUUAGAUAGUUCCCAUGACGUCACACGAUGUUGAGUCGGCCAUCUUUAUGGGCAAUUAUACAGACCUUUCUUUUGGAACAUCACAGCCCGAGUUUUUGCCAACCCAGGUUGGAAAACUAUGGAAAGCCAUAAGAAGAAAUCAAAAACAAAGU